UGGGUGGUGUCUCUUCUUCAGUUAUUUGUGGGAGGUGUCGUCUUGAGGGUUUAGCUAGCUAGCCGAUACUGGAGAAACCAGCAGAGAGAGGCUAUGGGUAACUGCUGCUCCUUGGGAAGUGAUCCCCCUCCUCCUCCUAGUCCUCCUCCAGAAUUAACAAACUCUCACAACACAGCACCAGCUGCUCCUAUGAUGAUACCUCCUGAUACUCCUCCAAUCUUAGCCACUCAAGAGUUGGACCCUACAGCUAUUAGUCAGACGUUAGACCACAUUUCUGACCGCGAAGACAAUUCUAAUAAAGAUGAGACAAUGUUCUUAAAGUUGUCCCAUGCCGCCAUGAAAAUGAUGAAAACAGGACGCCAUCGACACAGUAGCGUAAGAAUGCUAGCCUCUCCCUCAUCCAAAGAUUCUCCACUGGUCAUAAAGAAAUCUAAUUCAUGCUCUACAAUCUAUACUGAUGAUAGCACUGUUAGUUUACCUGACCUCAAGUUCACUCUAAAGUGUGCUUCAUUAGCCGUCUUCUACAUCGUGAAAGGAAGACCUAGAGACAGACCUCCAAAGACGCUAGACAUUUUUGAUGAAAAGCUCCACCCGUUAACUCGUGAUCCUGUACCUGAUCAUUAUGCUGAUUUCACUCCUGACCAUAAACUGAUAUACAAAUUCAUCAAAACUCUUUUUCAUGCAGCACAGCUCACAUCUGAAUGUGCCAUUAUCACUAUUAUUUAUUUGGAGAGACUCUUGCAAUACAGUGAACUAGAUCUUCAUCCUUGUAACUGGAAGCGCAUCCUUCUUGGAGCUAUUCUACUUGCCUCCAAAGUCUGGGAUGAUCAAGCUGUGUGGAAUGUUGAUUACUGUCAGAUCUUACGUGAAAUCACUGUUGAAGAUAUGAAUGAACUAGAGAGAGUCUACUUAGAGCAAAUUCAGUUUAAUAUCAAUGUAGCUGCCAAAAUGUAUGCAAAGUACUAUUUUGAUUUGAGAACGUUGUCAGAAGAAAAUGGACUGACAUUUCCAAAUGAAUAUUUACCAUUAACGAAAGAGAGAGCGCUGAAAAUUGAGGCUCUAUCUCAUGCAGCUGAUAAUAAGGUAGUUCCUGGGAGAAGAGUACGUCGAUCGCAAAGUUUAGAACAAAUUUCACCCAAAAAUACAUUAAUUUUGAGCUAGAGGAUAAUAAUAAUACCGCUAUUUUUUUUUAUUUUUUUCAUUUUGCUAUACAUGCUCGUAUCUACAUGAAGUGGUAUGUUUUAAUUUUUGUUUUAAUUGAGCAAUUUAUCUCUUUUGCUGUUCUUUGCUAUUUCUAUCCUUCUCUCUUUCUCUCUCUCUCUGCUUCUUUUGCUCUAUCAAUUAUCUUUAUACUUUUUUUAUGUUUUAACGACAAUAUUGUUCAUAUUAA